UUUCCUCCGACCCCCACCCGAUCAACUAUUAGCGUACGCUUGUAAAGUAUGCAGUAACCUCGUCAAUUACGCCGAUUGUCUCCUCGCAGUGCUAGUAUUUUUCCAUAUCGCUGCCAUCCACGGUUGCUGUGUACGUUACCGCGUCUCCAACCGCUGGUGUCAAGUGCUGCGGCAGCUGCGCAGUCCCCGACCGACCCGGCGUAACCUCAAGCCACAGCUUCCGUAAAACCUACAGCCUACACCUACGACACAGCUCAACAUCUCGCGUCGGCAGCCCGACGGAAGCGCGUGGGACUAUUGCAACUCGGACAGCCUCCGUGUUCGCCGCUCAGACGCGUCUCGCCUUGGAGAUCUUGCGACUCUACUUGAUACCGACACGCGACACGUGUUCCUCGCCGGCUGCGACACCAAUAUGGCUGAACCGGGUGUACGCAAGCGAAAAUUCAGAAAGACAUUUAAGCCCGCCGGCGAUGAGGCCCAGGCCACAAAUGCUACCGCACAAACAAGUAGCGAUGCUGCUAUGCUGAAGACGGUGUUCUUGGUGAUACUGCUCACGGCCGGUAUUUGGCUAUACAAAAAUUACGACUACAGGUCGUUCUUCCGAUGGCGCAAGCAACAGGCUGCGUGGGAUUUUGACGAGGAGAGCAGGAGGGAGGUCAAAUUUACCGCCGACGUACCGAAGCGAGAUGCGAUACUCGCGGCUUUCAAGCAUGCGUGGUCGGCGUACGAGAGGGAUGCUAUGGGCGACGAUGAGUACCAUCCCAUCGGCAAGUCCGGGACCAACCUCACUGAAGCGGGUGGCAUCGGCUAUACCGUUGUUGAUUCGAUUGACACGAUGCUCAUCAUGGGCCUCGACGACGAGUACGCCCGAGCGCGGCAAUGGGUGGCGGAGGAUUUGUCGUUCGAGCGAGAUGGCAGCUUCAACACGUUCGAGACAACUAUCCGCGUGCUUGGAGGCCUGCUCUCGGCAUAUCACCUUACGGGUGACACGAUGUACCUCGAGCGCGCUACUGAUCUUGCUGACCGUAUCACGCCGGUCUUCAGUACGCCGACUGGUCUCCCUCAUUCUAUGGUGAAUCUGGCGCAUCGGAAAGGCGUCCCGGAUAAGGAUAAUAGAGGACUGGUCAGCACUGCUGAGGUGUCUACGCUGCAAUUAGAGUUCAAGUAUCUCAGCUACUUGACCGAUGAAUCGGAAUAUUGGAAAAAGGUGGAGAAGGUGAUGGAAGUCUUGAAGAAUGCGCGUAUCGCCACCGGUUUGGCAUCAAUUUUCGUGAAUCCAAAUGAUGGGAAGUUCGCCAUAGGACCUAUUCGCCUUGGUUCAAGGGGAGAUUCAUACUAUGAAUAUUUGCUAAAGCAGUACAUUCAAACGGGCAGCACAGAGCUGGUAUACCGCCAGAUGUACGAUGACGCGAUGCUUGCAGUGCACACGCACCUGAUGAGAAAAAGCGAGAGGGAGGGACUGACUUACACAGCAGAGAUUCUUCCCGAGCGCGACCGCGAAGGUAGAAUUACAUGGCGCAUGGUGCCGAAGCAGGACCACCUCGUGUGUUUCUUCGGUGGCUCGUUGAUGCUGGGGGCAACUGUCACGGGCGCAACGACGCAGCCGGUGUCGAUCCCGCCGCGCACGGAGGAGCUCACUGCGCAGGGCAAGCGGGACUGGCUAUCUGGCAUUGAGCUUAUCAAGACUUGCAUGGCGACGCAUGAGACGGCUACAGGCCUGUCGCCGGAGAUUGUGCAUUUCAGGGUACCCGGAGACGGUAUCGAGAGCAAGCAUGAUUGGUAUAUCAAAGGGGCAAGGCCGGGGCACACUCCUUACGAUGCCCGCUAUAUCCUCCGCCCGGAAACCGUUGAGUCGCUCUUCAUCGCUUACCGUCUCACGGGCCACCCGCAGUACCGCGAAUGGGGCUGGAACAUCUUCCAAGCGAUUGAGAAGUACUGCAAGGUCGAAUCGGGUGGGUACGCGAGCGUGCUGAAUGUGGACGAGGUGCCUGUCCAGUUGGAAGAUAAAAUGGAGACCUUCUUGAUGAGUGAGACACUAAAGUAUCUAUAUCUGCUCUUCUCGGACGACACCAUCUUGCCACUAUCCGAUUAUGUGUUCAAUACGGAGGCACAUCCUUUCCCGAUCUUUCACCCCACCCUGCGCACAGGCUUCUUCUGAUCAAUCCCUGAACGACACAUGUAGCAUGGAACGCACUGUACGAUCUAUAAAAGAUAUUAUGAUACCUCGUUGGUUGCGUUGUGCUGCAGUCGACAACUCUCUCUCGGGCCGGUAUCGGUGGG